AAAGGUUGAAAUGGGAUUCCAAGUUUAAACUCCACUUCCAAAGUUCCAUGCUCUAUAGAUUCGAAAAUCUCUCAUUAAAGUUGAAGUUCGGAUCGAUUUCACUAUCAAAAAUGGUGGAGAUGUUGGGCUACACUGCUAUCAGGCAGUUGUCUCAGAUGAUUGCGGCUAUUGCUUUCUUUCAUGGUUCAGAGUAUGUUCUAGCUGUUUCUGUUCAUGGGAGAUCCAAUGUUACUUUAAGCUCUCUUCUAAUCAGCAAGCAAUAUAUUUUGGCAAUGGGCUGUUCUUUUCUGGAGUACUUUCUUGAAAUUCUUCUGCUGCCAUGGUUGAAAGAAUGUUGGUGGAUAAGCAACACUGGUCUUGUUCUGGUGGUAAUUGGGGAGAUAAUACGCAAAGCUGCGGUUAUAACAGCUGACCGUGCGUUCACACACAUGAUCAAGGUUCAACAUGAAGACCAUCAUGAGUUGGUUACUCAUGGAAUCUACAGACUCGUCCGUCAUCCAGGAUAUUCUGGCUUUUUCAUCUGGGCAACCGGUACUCAAAUAAUGCUCUGCAACCCCAUAUGCACAGUUGCUUUUGUGCUGGUUACUUGGCGCUUCUUCUCAACACGCAUACGAUAUGAAGAGUAUUACUUGAGGCAGUUUUUCGGAUCACAGUAUGAGGAAUAUUCACGACGAGUUCCAUCUGGCUUGCCAUUUAUUAAGUGAAUGCCUGGGAAAAUUCUCUGAACAGGUGAAGAAGGGCAACCAAAUGUGAUUAUUGCCCUGUAACAGCACCUGUAGCCUCCUAUGGAGAAUGAGCUCUCAAAACGGAUUCAACUUUUAUUCAUUGUGGGAGUAACAUCUAAGAGACAUGGCACCGGGAAGAUGGAUGUUAAAUUGAGAAAUGACUGUUAGAGAACUGAUCACGUGGGGAAUAAUCAGCUUCUGUAUUUUGUGCUCGUGUUCUAUAUACAUUUUAAGCAAGGUUAAUGUUAUAAUCCUAAUAAAACUGUCCGGUCGAUAUUGAAUGUUUAUUUAGGAUCAUGACUUUUUUUUCUUGGGUAGAAUGGUUAGGAUCAUGACCAUUCCAAGGAACUGAUGAAGCACUCUGGCUCAUCUUGUUCUUAGAAUUUUGAAUCAUCUGUCUUUGUAAGCCUUUUAUGCACUCAUUAUCUAGGAAGCAUGCUCUUUAAAAAUUCA